CCGUCGCCUGCUCUCCGUGCCGUACCCUCGGUCCCCGGCCGCGCGGAGCCGGGAUGCACUGCUCCUGCUGUGGGUCCUCAUCAUGGAGACCAAACGGGUGGAGAUUCCCUGCAGCGUCCUGGACGAUCUCUGCAGCCGAUUUAUUUUGCAUAUUCCCAGCGAGGAAAGAGACAAUGCUAUCCGAGUGUGUUUUCAGAUUGAACUUGCCCAUUGGUUUUACUUGGAUUUCUACAUGCAGAACACACCAGGAUUACCUCAGUGUGGGAUAAGAGACUUUGCUAAAGCUGUCUUCAGUCAUUGUCCAUUUUUGCUGCCUCAAGGUGAAGAUGUGGAAAAAAUUUUGGAUGAAUGGAAGGAAUAUAAAAUGGGAGUGCCAACAUAUGGUGCAAUUAUUCUUGAUGAGACACUUGAAAAUGUAUUACUGGUUCAGGGGUACCUAGCAAAAUCAGGCUGGGGAUUUCCAAAAGGAAAAGUAAAUAAAGAAGAAGCUCCUCAUGAUUGUGCUGCUAGAGAGGUCUUUGAAGAAACUGGUUUUGAUAUUAAAGAUUAUAUUUGUAAGGAUGAUUACAUUGAACUUCGAAUCAAUGACCAGCUUGCUCGUUUGUACAUCAUUCCAGGAAUUCCAAAAGAUACCAAAUUUAACCCGAAAACCAGAAGAGAAAUUCGGAACAUUGAGUGGUUCUCCAUUGAGAAAUUGCCCUGUCAUAGAAAUGAUAUGACCCCAAAAUCCAAACUUGGUUUGGCACCAAACAAAUUUUUUAUGGCCAUUCCUUUUAUCAGACCAUUAAGGGACUGGCUUUCUCGAAGAUUUGGCGAUUCCUCAGAUAGCGACAAUGGAUUUUCCUCAGCUGGUAGCACACCAGCUAAACCCACUGUGGAAAAAUUGAGUCGAACCAAAUUCCGCCACAGUCAGCAAUUAUUUCCUGAAGGUUCUCCCGGUGACCAGUGGGUAAAGCACAGGCAACCACUGCAACAAAAACCAUAUAAUAAUAAUCAUUCUGAAAUGUCUGACCUUUUAAAAGCAAAGAGUCAAAGUAUGAGGGGAAAUGGCAGAAAACAGUAUCAAGAGUCACCUAAUCAAAAGAAAAGAACAAAUGGGGUCCACAGCCAGCCAGGCAAGCAGCAGAAUCCCUUGAUGAAAUGUGAAAAAAAACUUCAUCCACGAAAGCUUCAGGAUACUUUUGAAACAGAUGCUGUAUAUGACUUACCUUGCUCCGGUGAAGACCAGUUGCUAGAACAUGCCGAGGGCCAGUCUGUGGCAUGUAAUGGACGUUGCAAGUUCCCCUUUUCAUCCAGAGCCUUUUUGAGUUUCAAGUUUGACCAUAAUGCUAUAAUGAAAAUCUUGGACCUUUGAUAGCAACAAAUGUGUUGUGGAAGUCUCAAGAUCAGAGACUUGUUGCAUUUGAGUGGGUGUCUCUUUGAGCCUUACCUUUCUCAGGUGUUUUAAAGAAAUGCAGGGAGGCAGUGAUGUUUCUGAAGAGAUGUUCUAUGUGCAGAAGAGAGAGUAGAAAGAAACAUGAGUUUGCACUGUAAAUGCAGUUAUAACUUUUUAUACAUACGUACCUUUUCAGUGUUUGGCUAAUGAAUUUAAGUUGCUUUUUAUGAGGGCAUUUUUUUCUGUGUGAUUAUGGUUUUUAUUUUGUAUUCUGGUCAA